AUGCGUGCUGCCACGCUAUCCUUGAUAGCAGCUCAGCUGCUUCAAACCGCCGUUGCUGAUGGCUCAGCAUUUUCCUGCCAACCCGGGCAAUCAUGCUGGCCUACCACUGCAGAAUGGCAGGCCUUCAACCAGACCAUCUCAGGGGCGCUACAAGUAACAGUCCCAAUGGGCAGCGUCUGCUUCCCGAGCUCGUCCAACUUCGACAGCGGGCUAUGUGCCACUCUCCAGGAAAACUACAUGAAUGGCACCUUUCGCGAAUCAUCCACCGGAGCACUGGAAGCCACAAACUGGGAAUCUUGCGGCUCUGCAAACUGCUACCCCGGCGUCUUUGCACCCCGAGGCCAGACCUGUUCCCUGGGGAGACUCUCCGCGUUGCAAGUCUACGCUACAACCGCUGAGCACAUCACGGCUACCAUUGCCUUUGUAAGAAAGCAUGGCAUCCGGAUGAUUAUCAAAAACACCGGCCACGACUAUCUUGGCCGCAGCAGCGCGGCCAACACUCUGACCCUCAACACGCACAACAUGAAGAACAUGACCCUGGAGGCUUCAUUCACGGCUCAAAACUGCCCUUCUGCAGGAACCCGCAAGAACAUCGCCAUCAUCGGAGCCGGCGUCAAUGCCCAAGAAGCAAUCGACUACUUUGAGCAGCGCAACAUCAUGGUCACCGUCGGCGGCUGCUCGACCGUAGGCAUCGCCGGCGGCUUCGGCCAGGCCGCCGGCCACGGGCUUCUCACGCCGGCGUACGGCCUGAUGGUGGACCAGGCCGUCGAGUUUGACGUGGUCACGCCCGAUGGCGAGUUCCGCACCAUCAACGCGUGCAACGAUGCCGACCUCUUCUGGGCCAUGCGAGGCGGCGGCGGCGGCUCCUACGCCGUGCUGGUCAACUACAAGUUCCAGGUGUAUCCCAAGAACCAGUGGGCUGCGUGGCGCUUGCAGGCCAGUUUCAACAACAGCGAGACGGACCUCACAAAGAGCACCUUCUUGCGUGACUUUCUCACCGAGCUGUCCAAUGAGCAGCCCAACUGGUCAGCCAACAAUGCCUCUGGCUAUGAUACUGCUUCGGCAACCGGCAUCAACCUGCUUGAAGUGAUGCCCAUUGGCCAAGACCCUCUGGGGACUUUGAAGCAGCUGACUUCCAAGUUCAACUCCUUCGUCACCAGCUAUCCGGGACUCAACAUCACGACCAACUCCUACCUGCUCUACGACACUGAAAAGGACUUCUACGCCGCCCAAGAGAGCUACCUCAGUCAGUUUGGCACCGUCGGCAUCUCCGUCCUGACCCCAAGCCGCCUCAUCACCGCCGACAACUUCGAAUCCCCCGCCAAGGUCGACGCCCUCGUCACCGGCUUCUUGCAAGGCAUGGAAAACGCCCGCCAGAUCCUGGCAAACGACACCACCGGCGCCCUCGUCGACUUCCUCAUCCUCAAGACGGGAGCGACCAACACGCCCGACACGCACAACGCCACCAGCGCCAACCCCGUAUGGCGAAACACCCUCUGGCAUCUCGUCGCAGCAGCAGGCUGGCUGCCGGGAAUGCCAGACGGCGGCCAAGCCGCUGCGGCUGCUCGCUCCGCUAUAGAAGCCAUCAAGGCGCCGCUCUCGGUACAGGCGUCGUAUCUGAACGAGGCAGACCCGGAUGAGCCCGACUGGCAGGACGUCUUCUUUAGCGGCAACUACGAUACGUUGCUUGCGAUUAAGCAAAAGUAUGACCCUGAUACGUUGCUGAACUGCAAGAAGUGCGUUGGAUACCUUGGAGAUGCAGAUCCCAUGUAUUCUUGCUACUCGGAUAACCCUGUGCCAUCAGUGCCGUAUCCGUUUGCUUAA